GUCAUCUCUCGGCGUCUGCGCCUGGCGUCACCGACCGGUGCGGACAGGAAGAGGCUCUGGGCUGGCGCAUGUGUAUGGCGGUGAGGCGGGCGGGUACAUGGCGGGCUCUGUGGGACUGGCGUUGUGCGGCCAGACGCUGGUGGUGCGGGGCGGCAGCCGAUUCCUGGCCACCUCCAUAGCAAGCAGUGAUGAUGACAGCCUCUUCAUCUAUGACUGCAGUGCUGCAGAAAAGAAGUCACAAGAAAAUAAAGGGGAGGACGCGCCCUUGGACCAGGGGAGCGGUGCGAUUCUGGCGUCCACCUUCUCCAAGUCUGGCAGCUAUUUUGCUUUAACCGAUGACAGUAAGCGUCUGAUUCUUUUCCGUACAAAACCAUGGCAAUGUCUGAGUGUCAGGACCGUGGCAAGGAGGUGUACAGCCCUGACCUUCAUAGCCUCGGAGGAGAAGGUCUUGGUGGCCGACAAGUCUGGAGACGUCUACUCCUUUUCGGUGCUGGAGCCACACGGGUGUGGCCGUCUAGAGCUGGGGCACCUGUCUAUGCUGUUAGAUGUGGCUGUGAGUGCUGAUGACCGCUUCAUCCUCACUGCCGACCGGGACGAGAAGAUCCGAGUCAGCUGGGCCGCGGCGCCCCAUAGCAUCGAGUCCUUCUGCUUGGGGCACACAGAGUUUGUGAGCCGCAUCUUCGUGGUGCCAACUCAGCCCGGGCUGCUUCUGUCCUCCUCUGGGGACGGCACCCUGAGGCUCUGGGAGUACAGGAGCGGCCGCCAGCUGCACUGCUGUCACCUGGCCAGUCUGCAGGAGCUGGUGGACCCCCAGGCCCCCCAGAGGUUUGCCGCGUCCAGGAUUGCGUUCUGGUGCCAGGAGAACUGCGUGGCGCUCCUGUGCGACGGCACUCCUGUGGUCUACAUCUUCCAGCUGGACGCCCGCAGACAGCAGUUGGUGUACAGGCAGCAGCUGGCGUUCCAGCACCAAGUGUGGGAUGUGGCUUUCGAGGAGACCCAGGGGCUGUGGGUGCUCCAGGACUGCCAGGAAGCCCCCCUGGUGCUCUACAGGCCUAUGGGCGACCAGUGGCAGUCUGUUCCUGAGAGCGCCGUGUUAAAGAAAGUCUCUGGUGUUCUUCGUGGGAACUGGGCCAUGCUGGAAGGCUCUGCCGGCGCAGACGCCAGCUUCAGCAGUCUCUACAAGGCCACGUUCGACAACAUGACCUCCUACCUGAAGAAGAAAGAGGAGAGACUGCAGCAGCAGCUAGAGAAGAAGCAGCGGCGCCGGAGUCCCCCGCCUGGGCCCAACGGGCAUGCCAAGAAGAUGAGGCCGGGGGAGGCGACGUUAAGUUGCUGAUCGUGGCGGUCAGUGGUGCCUCUCACCUCAAGUUAGGAAAAGCUUUUUAACUUGUUCCCCUGCAUCCUGGCAUGUCCCUUUAAGAAGGAAAAGGUGACGUCAGUUGUGACCAGCUCAGAGGAUGGGGCUGUCCCCUGGGCUCUAGAAAGAACAUUCUGUGUCACCAGCACAGGCUCUUGCUGGGUGCCUGUGCCCCCUUUCUGGUUGAAGGGAAGCCAGACCAGUGGAGUGGAAGCUCUUGAAGCACUUUCUUUUCAUGUUGGAGGCUGCGUGUGAGCCCGUGGUGGCGGCAGCUGUCUGUGUUUCUCCUGUUCUCAUACCGCCCUUCGUGUCUGCUGCGUCUUCCUCUAGGAGCAUCUGUGGGCAGACGUUUCUGGCAUGGUGGAUGUUGUCAUGUUGUUCCGCCGUCUCAGCAUCCAGGUGACGUGCUGUCCCGCAGUAGCUGCUCGCCACACAGGCUGUUGAAACUCAGCACGAAUGCUUCAGCCCGCCCCAGCCCCAGCCAUAGCCCUUGUGCUCAGGAGCUGCUCCUGGAGAGUGGCUCCCUUGUGGGAAGUGAGAAACACGUUUCGGAGUCACAGGGAGCUCUGUCUGGCAUCGGUGGCGCAGAUGGUGAACUUGUUUCAGGAAGUGUGAGCAUGGGCCUGGCUGGCACCCGGUUUACAGGGAGGUGAUUGAGGACGUCGUUAUGAUUUGAUUUGACCUUGGCACACACUGCAGAGCCACAGGGAUGUUGCUGAAUUUCAAUCACCGAUCAGCAAGGAUGAACCUUCUCAACUUCCUAGGAAUGUUUAGCAGCAACCUAAUAUACCAGGCAAAACUCCUUGGUGCCUGCGCUGUGUGUGAGUGAGGUGCUCGCCGCGUGGUCGUGCGCUGUGUGUGAGGUGCGCGCCGCGUGGUCGUGCGCUGUGUGUGUGUGAGGUGCGCACUGCGUGAUCGUGCGCUGCAUGUGAGUGAGGUGCGCGCCGCGUGAUUUGGGAAGAGGCUUCUGCAAUGGGCAGGCUUCUGGGUACAUCACUUAAUUCGUUCAGGCCGGCUCCUACCUGCUGUCCAGUGAUGAAGUCUCCACACAGGAACAGGUUCAUGCUGGCGAUGACUUUGAUGUGGGGUAUCGCUGGGUACUCGGAAUCCUUUUGUGUAUCAAAAACUGGAAUGCUUCAAAUUUUUCAUAAGUGCCUUGUUUUCCUUUUAACAUUGAUCUGGAAACAGUGCUGUCUGCAAAGCUGAGGCCCACUCCUCUCUGCUGGGGAUCAGGGGUUUCAGAAGGCAGGGGUCACGCUGGGCCACUGUCCUGUACAAGCAGCCUGGCCUCCUUCACGCUGCCAGGGCAUCUGGCGCAGGGCAUGCUUUCUUGCUCAUAGUCUGCUUUGAAAGUCUUGGUUUUAGGAGAGGUUCAGGUUGGUCUUGCUGGCAUCUUCACCUAAAAUAGGGUCUGGCAGACAGGCCUAUGCGCUGCAUCCUGCCCACGGCCUGAUAGAUGGCCUGUGAAUGGCUUUUUUACAUUUUAAAAAUGGUUGAAAACAAAAAUAUAUUUCAUGACAUGAAAAUCAUGAAAUUCACAUUUCAUUGUCUGAGAAUAAACUUAUGGAUGCAGCCAUUCCUGUCUGUCCACGUCUCAUCUGUGUCUGCUUUGUGCUAUGGCUGCAGAGUGGAGUGGCUGGGACUGAGACGGAACGGCCUCCUCACAGGACUGUGUCUCUCCACCAGGACUGCGGGGCUACUCUGAGGCUCUGCUUCCUCACCAGCGGGGUUGGCUUCCUGCUAUUCCUCAGCAUCCUGCCUUGGUCCUGAGUUGGUCCCUCUGCCAAUAGCCGUUUCUGUGUCUCAGUGGAUGGCGCAGCUGCCUUCUUGCUGGUACCUUGACUGAUAGACUAGUUCCUGUUCACCUGCCCGAAGUCAUCCCAGAAAUACCUCUUACAGUUGCAUGGGUUGAACCCAGCUCCGCGUGUAUUUAGAGUUUUGUCUCUGGCCCCUUCACCCAGAACAGCAGCACCCACCGCCUUCCUGUCCCCUGUGACUGCCUCGCAGCUGGGUCUGUUCUGUGAGAUGUCGCCACCCUGUUUGCCAUCUGGGAGGAUCUCACUCCUUCAAUUUCAUCUGCUCUCUUCCGUUAUUUUUUUAGUUUCUAUGUAUUUUACUUUUGGGACAUUCCUUGGACUUUGUUCUACCUCUUUAAUUGAUGAAGAAAAUUUGGUCAUUGUAUCUGGUUUUUUUUUUUUUUUUUUGAGACAGAGUCUCGCUCUGUUGCCCAGGCUGGAGUGUGGUGGCACAAUCUCGGCUCACUGCAACCUCCACCUCACUGCAACCUCCACCUCCCGGGUUCAAGCGAUUCUCCUACCUCAGCCUCCUAAGUAGCUGGGAUUACAGGCACCCGCCACCACGCCUGGCUAAUUUUUGUAUUUUUAGUAGAGAUGGGGUUUUGCCAUGUUUGCCAGGCUGGUCUCCAACUCCUGACCUCAGGUGAUCCUCUCGCCUCGCACUCCCAAAGUGCUGGGAUUAUAGGUGUCAGCCACUGCACCCAAUCUAUUGUAUUUAAUUCUAAGCACUUUCUUCCAGACGGUCUCACUCUGUCACCCAGGCUGAAGUGCAGUGGUGUGAUCUCAGCUCACAGCAGCCUCAACCUCCCAGGCUCAAGCAGUCCUCCCACCUUGGCCUCCCAGAGUGCUGGGAUUACAGGCACGAGCCAUUAUGCCCAGCCCGUCUUUCUUCAUUUUGAUUACAGUGUGCGUACUGUACAUCCGAAAAGUGCAUGUGAAAUGCUGGAACUGGGAUUUCAGCAACUGAAUGCAGUGUGUGACUCCCCACGAGAAGCAGGACACUUAGCACCUGCUGAGAAGCCCGCACGCCCAUGUUCCCUCCUAGGCACUGCACACGCAUGCUGGCCGGCCUGACCUCAGUUUCCCUCUUGCUGUGGCUGCUUCUGCUCCACUCUCUGUGAGGCUCAUCCACCUUGUUGCCUGUGGUUGUGGAUUGUUCAUUCUCAGUGCUAUGUAUGCCAAGUACUCCAUUGUGUGAAAAUUCCACAGCGCGUUCGUUCUAUUAUCGAUGGGCAUUUGGGUAGUUUCCACAGUUUGGCUGUUAGGAAUAGUGCAGUGAUGAACAUGCUGGCACCUGUCUUCUGUUUUUUUUUAUUUUUAGAGACAGGGUCUUGCUCUGUUACCCAGGCUGGAGUGCAGUGGUGUGACCUUGGCUCACUGGGCCUCCUGGGCUCAAGCGAUCCUCCCACCUCAGUCUCCUGAGUAGCUGGGACUGCAGGUGUGUGCCUGCAUGCUGGCUAAUUUUUGUAGUUUUUGUAGAGAGGGUGUCUUGCUCUGCUGCCCAGGCUGGUCUCGAACUUCUGGCCUCAAGCAGUCCUCCUGCCUUAGUUUCCCAAAGCACUGGGAUUACAGGCGUGAGCCACUGCCCCCGGCCAGCACCCGUCUUCUGGAACAUUGUAAGCAUUUCUGUUGGGUGUGUACUUGCGCGUGGAAUUGCUGGCUCUCAGUUAUGCACAUUUCUUAGAAGAUCCUGCCAGUCCUUCAUCCCAGACCCUGACCCCAGCAUGGAAAACGCAGUGCAUCCUCAACGCCUAGUGUUUGCGGCUGUGGCGGCUCAUGAUCGACUUGGAAGGCCCAUAGUGUGUGGUGUGGAGUUUUGCAGGGAGCCAGUGACACUGCCCACCUUCGAUCCAGACCUAACCUUGAUCCUUUUCUCUGAGGCCACCUUACCAAAACCUUGACUUACCCGUCUUAGAUCACUUACCCUGGGGGAAAUGUGCCGCAAGCUCACGAGGGCACUCAGCCAGCCUAUAAAGGUUACCAUGGCAGAGAACUGAGGCCUCCUGCCAGCAGCCAGCAGCAGCUGACCAGCCGCGAGGGCCCCUCCGGGAAGGAGAGCUUUCUGUGUUUCUUCCUGUACCCCAUAUAUGUUGACGUGAUACGUUUUACUUUCUGAUUUCCCUUGCGAGAUCUUUGGUCUGUGGGUUAUUUGGAAGUAUGGUUUAAUUUCCAAACAUUUAGGGUUUUCCUCCAGAUUUUGUUGUUGUUUCUGGUUUCUGGUUUUAAUUCCAUUGUGGCCUCAGAAUAUACUUUGCUGACUUCCCUCUCUUUAGAUUUGUUGAGCCCUAUUUUGUGCUUCACAGUGGGAGGGUGAUUGUAUGUGCACGUGCAGAUAUGUGUGGCCCCCACAUGGUGUCUCCAGCUAUCCCUGUCUUGCCUCUCCGUGCCCAGUGCACCCUUCUCAGCCCUGCCGUGUGACCCUGGGCUGGGCCCUCCCUGUACCCUCCUUUGCAGGUUGGCACAGUGUUUGGCUCUGUCACUGGAAGGAGCUGGAGGGACUCCACAGGAGGGAGGGGUCUGCCCUCCUGCUUCCAGUGUGCUUGCUUUUCCUGGCUUCCGUGGUGUGUGCCUGCCAGCCUCAUGGUGGGGGCGGGGGCUCUCAGUGACAGUCUCCAGGAGUUUAGCGACACCCAGGUUCAUUCACCACGGUGGGAAGGAUUCCUGCUAAGCUUCCUUGCCUCUGUCCAGCUCCCAGGGCAUCUGCCUCCCUCCUGCCCCAGGGAGAGCUUCUGGGUGAGUCUCGCUGGCACUCCCGCCCUGGGCUUCCUGCUCUCAGGCCUUGGCCUGCUGCACCACCCGGCACAUCAUAGCCCCACUCAGGUCAGAGCUGCGUCUCAGCUGACGUGGGGUUCCGAGGUUCUCACCGAGAUCCAGACUCAACACUUGUGGGUUUGUUGUCUCAGUCCUGGCGGUGGAGAUUCUCCCGAGGCCUCAGCGCCUCUGUUCUUGGAAGUCUCUUUACAUGUUAGUGGAACCCUCUGUUCCUGUUGAAUCGUUCUUCGUGUUAAAUGUUUCCAUCUCUUGACUGAUACAUGACAGUCAUCAUGUAUGUAUUCUGCGGCUGCUUUUGAUUUUUUCUCUUUAUCCCUGGUUUUCUGUAAUUUGAUAAGCUUUAGGGUGUGUGUGUGUGUUGGGGGUUUGUCAAGAUUUGUAGGCUUUGUCAUUUUUAUGCAAUUUGGAAAUAUUCUAGCUAUUCACAGUCUCUUCCCCUGCCUCCUGCAGUCCCAGGUACUCGAAUGGGCUGCUUGCUGUGGACUCAUGGGUCCGAGAGUCUGGUCAUCUUCUUCAGUUUGCGUUUCAUUUUUGGUAGAUUCUGUUUCUACGUCUUCAAGCCCACUGAUCUUUUAAGCUGCUGUUAAGCUAUGGCCGUUUUCUGUAUGAGCCAUUGUGUUUUUUCAUCUCUAUAAAUUUGGUUUUGGUAUUUUAAAAAAUGUCUUCCAGCUAGGCUGGCGGCUCACACCUGUGAUCCCAACACUUUGGGAAGUUGAGGCAGGGGGAUUGCUUGAGCCCAGGAGUUUGAGACUAGCCUGGGCAAUACAGUGAGACCUCAUCUUUAAAAAUAAUUAAAAAGGUCAGGUGCGGUGGCUCACACCUGUAAUCCCAGCACUUUGGGAGGACAGUGGAUCACAAGUUUAGGAGUUUGAGACCAGCUUGGCCAAUAUGGUGAAACCCUGUCUCUACUAAAAAUAUAAAAAAUUAGCUGGGCGCAUGCCUGUUGUCCCAGUUAUUUGAGAGGCUAAAGCAGGAGAAUCGCUUGAACCUGGGAGGCGGAGGUUGCAGUGAGCCGAGAUCGCGCCACUGUACUCCAGCCUGGGCAACAGAGCAAGAAUUGUCUAAAAAAAAAAAAAAAUUAGCCAGAGGUGGUGGCACAUGCCUGUAGUCCCAGCUGCUCGGGAGGCUGAGGCGGGAGGAUCACUUGAGCCUGGGAGUUUGAGGCUGCAGCAAGCCGUGAUUGCACUACUGCAUUCCAGCCUGGGUGACAGAGUGACGGUCUCAAAAAAAAAAAAAAGCACACCAGUGUCUUCCAUUUCUCUUUUAAUCAUAAUCAUGCUUUAAAAAAUACCUUCGAGCAUAUGGAGCAAAUUUAAGAUAAUUGUUCCUUUUCUGCUAAUUCAUUAUUACUGUCAUAUCUAGGUCUGUUUCUGUCAACUGUGGACCACUUGCGUGCGAUCUGUCGGCCAACGAUGAGCUUGUUGGGAUGUAGCUCCAUUGUAAGUCGAGGAGCAUCUGUGAUUUGUCCUCUGCUUAUGGGAUAUGUUUUUCUGCUACUGAGUCUGUCUAGUAAAUUUUUGACUAGGAACAUGUGAGAUUUA